UUUCAUAAGCAGCCAUUAGUCAUUCAUAUGAAUCGUUUUUAACCUUUUUAACUGUUUCGUUACUCACCUUGAAUUCUGUUUUAAUCUGACUUGUAAAAAAUCACAAUUUCACCAGGUUAAAUUAUUCACUUUUCCAAAUUUUCCAGACUUUUCGCUAAUCGAUUCAGCCUUUCUAGAACAAUCGCAAAUUCCGCGCGCAAGCAGCUAGAGAAGCAAGAGAACAAUGAGAAAUUUAACCGGUCGGCGACAAGAUUUUGAGUUUCGUUGAACCGAUUCAAUACGAACGGACAAACGCUGUGCGAGGAGGGGAUAAACAAAAUACAACCUUGUAACAUGCUGCAGAGGUAUGAGUGGCUAGUGGAUUCUGCUGUCAACGUCGAAUAUAAUUCAAGUUCGAACAAUUUUACUCACUUGUUCUGAAAGUUGUAAAAAUCUGCAGUUUCCGUAGAGCUUUUCUGAGAUGCAUUAGUGUAUCGGUGUUGGUGAAUGUGUUUGAAAAUAAGGUGAGCAAAUUGCUGUCAAAAUUGGUGCAACGGUUUUCAGUCUACGAAAUAUUUUUCUUUUCUUUUAGUAGCUUUAAAGUUGGUCCAUUUUUAAACGGAUUGUACUAAGUUCGUAGGAAUUGUGCUGUUUAUUUUGAAUAUCGGCUCUUCAUUGAGCUACAGUUAGGUUAGCUAUGACGCUAAUAAACCUCCAUAUAUUGUGCGCGGUACUGAGCUGUCAGAAGUCGUAUGCCUGCUCACAACAACUGCGAGAGGCGCAGAAACAGGUAAUAUAAUAAGAAGAGUAUGAAUCAUACAGUACCUAAGUGCGGAAUGUCAAACAUGAGCAAUUCGUACCUAUAUGUAGGUAAAUUUAUUAAUGUCCAAAGCUGAUAUAUGUACAAGCUGAUCAACCUCAUCAAACCGAAUUUUCAUCAUAAGAUUAGUAACUAGUUGAAAUGAACUAUCGCAGUGUGACACCUACCUUCAAGCGUUGUUGGAAUGAAAAACCACAAAUUAUGACGCGAACAAUUGUAGCAGAACAACCAAACAAUAAAGAAAACUCUGAUGUUGGAUGCGAGUGUGAUUCUACAGACAUGUCUGAUAUGGAUAUUGAAGAAGAGCGGGGCGGUGUUAAUACAGAGGAUUUAAAUGUAACUGACCAUAAUGUAGCCGACAUGGACAGCUAUGAAUCGGAUAUGGAGAUAGAAUCGUGUGAAGAUCAGCCAAAAAAGUGCCAUGCUGAACUACCAAGUAAAACAACCAGCUCAGUGAAAUCAUUUUCAAACACUGUGGAGCUGAACAUGACUUUUUCAUCAGAGGACGAAGAAGAGGGUUACUUAAGAUACGAAAUAACCGAGCUGCCUGCAGAAGAAGACCAUUUAACGGAAACGCCGAAAUUUCUCCAUGACGAGAACGACGAUAGUGAUAACAUUAAUAUAAAAUACCUAAGACUGGGCAAUUUCGGCGGGAAACCAUGCACCACGACAAGUACAGCGAGAAGGGCUACGCUUGUUGACAUGAGCCAAACUGUAGAACCUGCUCAUGAAAUGCUGCGGAAGUACAUCAACAAUUUGGAACGAUCGGCUAGAUUUGCAAAAGAAAACGCUUCAGAGGGUAAACAGUUUGCACUGGCUAAAACAAGGCAACUUUUUCAGCGACGUGUCUUACAUGAGAAGAAUGGGGGAUAAUUGUACAGUUAUUAACGUAAAUUGUUUUCAAAAGGAUUAUAGUUUAACAUAAUAAAUGGAUAAAAUAAAUUCAGAUUCUUUUUUAUUGCGUUUUUUAUUACAUGUUUUCAUAAAUUGAGCAACACCUGAACAACCUGCAGUAAUUCCAUCCACGAAACACUAGCUUCAACAAAAAAUCUGUGAACAUACUACUACCGU